UUUCAGAUAAAGAUGGUGAAACCAGCUGUAUAUACAGUGGGGUCAACUUGUCUAGCUAAAGUUAGAGGCUAUCCCCCCUGGCCAGCAAUCGUGAAAGAUAUACAACCAGGGUUUAAUGGCCCAAGGUAUGUCCUUUACUUCUGUGGUUCUAAAGAGAGCGCAACUCUAUCACUUCAAAACUUAUAUCAGGCAACUGAUGUGAAUUUGACCAAGUUUUGUACAGAGUCUGCUCAUAAACGAAAAUUCUUCUCAGAGGGAAUUCAAGAGAUGUUGGCAGUAAGGGAUGGAGAAGAUAUAAAAAAGAAGAAUUCACAGGAAACUUCUAAAACUAUGGUUGAUCUUGAAGUGCGACCAGGUUCCUCUAGUUCCCGGCGUGAUGUUGAGGUUGUAGAUGAAAAGGUUCUGGAGGGAGAUCAUACUGUCCUGGAGAUGGUGCAAACAGGGAAAAAAAGAAAGAGUACUGAAUUGUCCCAGCCCAACAAACAGCGAACUACUUCUAAAAGAAAACCAUCAACCUCAGGUAUUCCUAAACUGAACCCUGCUCCAAAAGAUCCCUACAUGAGGGUUGUUUCAUCAGUUACUCCGUCAAGGAGACUUGUACAGCGUAGAUCCAAGGAGCAGGCCCAGGCUUCACUCAUUGUGAAGCCAGUGAAACAAAAGCAGGCUCCAGUUAAACAAAAGCAGGCUCCAGUUAAACAAAAGAAGGCUGUAAAACGACUAAACGGAAAAGGUAAAAAGAUCAAAACUCCAGAUAAAGUUCUGCGGGUUGAUCUAGCCCGCCUAACAUCAGCUCAACAGCAAUCAACAGCAGGACCAGAAACCAUCAAGGCAAGUACUUACAUUAAAUAA